AGUUUAUUGCAAAAAGUGCCAAAUCAUUAUGGUACUUUGCAUAUAACGUGUACAUAUGUACACCGUUGUAUUCUGGUUGCGGUGAGUUGACAGCAGGUCACUAGUGCUGCUGGUGUUUCUUGUUGAUUUGCUUCCUUGCUCUGUCGGUCUAUUCCAAAUUCGAAGAAACAUUUCUCUCCGACGUGAGCUGUGUUUUUUGCAUUUUAGCAAACUUUGACCUAGCAGUACCUUGGCUACCCCAUCGCGCUGUUCCAGCUGUCCAGAACUACCCAACAAAUCUCCCCGUAGAUUCACAUCAAUAACUUACUUCCUACUGUCAGACAAUGGGAACGGAGGGCCCGGCCAGACUCCCCAGGGCAUCACUGAUGUACAUCAGCCCGGGCAACAUCCUGAAUUACCACCAUCUGAAGAAAACUAUCCCUAAGACGUCAACAGAUGAGCUCAAGAUGGCUCUCAACAACGCCCUCAAGUCGACCAUGUCCAGCUCGCCCUUCCAGGACGCCAUCACCAAGAACGACUGUGAGGAGGUGGUGUUCUCCGAUCCCAACCCCAAGAUAGAGUACAAUGGCUGCACCACUCCAGACGACAUCAAGAUCACCGUCAAGUUGAUGCUGAGCAACGCUGAUGAGGGAAUCACCUCCCAAGCCAUUGCCAUGGUGCUCAAGGAGCUCAGCGUUAAGAAAGUGGACGGCGUGCUCCUCUCCAUGCCGGCCAGGCCCUUCGACGAGGAGCUGACGGUGGAGCACUUCAAGCCCGUCUGGCAGGAACUGGAGGAGCUGGUGCGGCAGGACCACGUCAAGACGCUGGGGGUUUGCGACAUGGAGCUGGCCAUGCUCAGGGAGCUGCACUCCUGGGCUCAGGUCAAGCCUACCACCAACCAGAUGAACCAAGCCUCGUGUUGCGUCAUCCCCCCUGCGCUCAAAGAGUUUGCCAACGAGAAUACAAUCCAGCUGGUGUCCCAUUCAGACUCCGAUGAUGUCCUUCCCCCCGAGGUCUUCCAAGAGGUCCUGCGCGGUCACUACCCAGAGCAGGCUGACUGGGCCAGCUGGCACCCGUCGUGGGUCCUACGCUACACAGCACUCAUCAAAAACCGUGGCAUCAUCACGACCAAGGGUUACAUAGUACGGGCCCAGCGGGUUCUACCGCUUUAGCUGGAGAUAGGCUGGCUGGUGUAAUGAUGCCAAAAUAAAUCCAACCUGACGUAUACUGCAGCGCUGGCACAGAUGAAUCUUUUAGGAAAUCAUAGAAGCCAUGUGCAUUAGAACCGUAUUGAACCCGACUUACUGUCUUUGGCUAACUGACGGGCUAAAUAAUUCUUUGAUGUGGGUGCUGUUGGAUUUAGGUCGAGUUUGUUUUUCCAGGGAUUUUCCUUUUAAAGGUCUACAAGAAAAUGGAAUGAUGCUGGUAAACUUAGAAUUAUUAUUUUAUUGUUUUAUUCAGAAAUCAAUCAACUACGCAACAAUCGUACACAGAGAAAACAAGAUACGGUUGAUUCAUUCUGGGAUAACCCAAGCAAGCCAAUUACACAGGCUUAUUUCCAAUGGGGUCC